AUGACUAACUUCACUGCCAUUAACACUGCUCGUUCCCGUACUUUCUCUGCCAAUGCUCAUAUCCGCAGCGGGACCCGCCUCGGCACCAGGGGCUGGAGCAACAGGAGGACCACCGGCUUCGAUCCAAAGUGGGAGCCGUACGUCCGGGAUUGCCUUUCGAGAGUGCAGCAAUAUUACGAUGGGGAGGAGGAUGCACAGGUCGAUGUAGAUCGUGCGGUAGCUAUUUGUGCUCUUGUCGAUAUGAGAAACUCUACCCAAAACAAUGACGAUGUUGAGAUGGCCGACGCCGAGUCUCGUCAAUCCUCUUCGUCUUCCGCAGCCACUCAAUUUGCAUCGAGCAACAGGGCAUCAUUACCUGCUACGUCGGUCACGUCCCAGUUGAUAACGCCUUCGACAACCACUCCGAUUGUCACCCCGACAAUCACUCCGACAAUCACCCCGACAGACCUUCCGACACGCCCAUCGUCCCCAAAACCGGAAACGUCCCGCAGGGCAAAAAGGGGGAAGCGCAGUCGAUACAACGACAACGACGACAACAAGAACAGAUCACCAUCGGACCAUUUCGCCCACCGAUUCAAAAUGGUCAUGAAUACUCGGUCCAGCAAGAACGAUGACCACGAGAAAUUCAGUGACGCACAGCUUCACGGCCUAGGAUCCGUACUACUGCCCGCGGAAAUAGAGCUCUACAAGAGCCUGAACAUCUCAGAAAGUGUCUACCGGUGCCAGCGUGCUCGCUUCUUCCUCGGCAUUGCCGCCUUCACCGAGGAACUGCGCCGACGCAAAGAGAAGGGACUGCUCGCCAAGUCGCCGUGGAACAUUGGCAGAUCGCAGUUCCAGAUGUUUGGCAACAUGGACGCGAACAAGUCGAGCAGAGUGUUUGACUUCUACCUCGAACACGGAUGGGUGCAACACCCCAAACAGACGGCAGAGUCUCUCCACACAUACGAGACAAUCUUCUCCCAAGAGCACCGGAAUGCGCUCCACGCAGAAAUGAGGAAUUGGGGAGCGAAGAAUGGGAAAGACGACGACGUCGUCACAGUGUAA